UUCUUAAAAAAGGUUUAACCAUGUUAAUCGUACAUCUUUCAUGGGAAUAACCUCAAUCGUGAGGCGUUUAGGUGAGAGGAAACGACAAGAUAGCGAUUUCUUUAGGUUACACCGUGAUUGGAAAACCCUAGCUUAGAUCCUCUAGACUCAAUCCAAGCCUAAAGGUUCGUCUCUUCACCUUCUCCUUAGAUCUGCUUCAUAAUCAUCUUUCUCGAUUCGCCGAUGCUUUGAAUGGUUGACACUAGGCAGAUUUUUGUAGAUUUUCGAUUCGUUGCACCGUUUCUCAAUACCAAUUGAGAUUCGUGUUCUAAUAUUGCUGAAAUCGAUUACGAGGUCUCUUAUCAAAGGUUGUGCAGAACCCAAGAAAGUUUAGAUCACUGACGGUGACCUAGGGGAUUCGUUUGAGAUGUCAAGCUUUCACGUGGGAGGAAAGGUAGUGGACAAGGUCGACUUGUGUAGGAAGAAACACUGGGCGUGGCCUUUGGAUGUUUGGCCGUUUGCUAUCCUCUAUGCUACGUGGUUGGCUACAAUCGUGCCUAACGUAGAUUUCAUCGAUGCUAUGAUCGGUUUUGGUGAUCUUCUUGCUUCUCACAUCUUAGUCUUGCUUUUCUCUAUGUGGUCUGUGGAUUUCAAGUGUUUUAUCCAGUUUAGCAAGGUUAACAGUAUCAUCCAGGCAGAUGCGUUUAAAGUCACCCCAGCCAAGUUUUCUGGUUCUAAAAAAGUUGUGCCUCUUCAUUUUCGUAGCCAAAUGACUGGUUCGUCAUCCUCAGGAGACAUGGAAUAAAUUUUUUUUGACUUCAGAAAGCAGCGUUUUAUGUACUCAAAAGAGUUAGGAGCCUUUUCCAAGCUUCCUUACCCCACAAAGAAAACAUUUGGUCAUUAUCUAAAAUAUACUGGCCAUGGUACAUAAGAUAAAGUUGCAACAGCCACUGAGAAGUGGGGAAGGAACGUGUAAGACAACUUAUCACUUUUAUAUACAUGUUUUUAUUAUAAGUU